GAGAAAGGUCGCCGCUUUCAUCUCCACUCCUGCAGAAUGAAUCAGGGCAGUGAGUCUGUCACCUUCAGCAGGAUGUCAGCCUCCAACAACUGCUCUCUGGACUUAGUGGCAGAGACAGGCGAGUGGCUUUGUCCUCCGGGGGAGAGGUGCCUGAAUCUGACCUCUGGUGUGAACAGCAGCCUCGUGAAUCCGGGCGAUGCUUGCCUGACGGAGGAGGAGUACUUGGAGAAGUAUCUGGGGCCGCGCCAGUCGUCUGUAUUCCUCCCCGUCUUCAUCAUCUACCUCGUCAUCUUCGCGGUGGGGGUGGUGGGGAAUGUGCUGACAUGUUCUGUCAUCGCACGCAACAAAGUGAUGUGGACCCCGACCAACUACUACCUGUUCAGCCUGGCGGUGUCGGACCUGCUGGUGCUGCUGCUGGGCAUGCCGCUGGAGCUGUACGAGCUGUGGCAGAACUACCCGUUCCUCCUGGGGAGAGGCGGCUGCUACUUUAAGACCUUCCUGUUUGAGACGGUCUGCUUGGCGUCCAUCCUGAACGUGACUGCGCUGAGCGUGGAGCGCUACAUCGCGGUCGUGCACCCACUGCGUGCAAAGUACGUUGUGACACGCACCCACGCCAAGAAGGUCAUCCUCAUCGUGUGGGGCGUGUCGGUGCUGUGCGCCCUCCCUAACACCAGCCUGCACGGGAUCAGCGUCCUGCACAGUCACUCUGUUGGUCCUGCAGGGAGGACCGACUCUGAGAUCCCGGACUCGGCCAUCUGCACGCUGGUCAAACCACACUGGAUGUACAACCUGACCGUCCAGGUGACCACCUUGUUGUUUUUCAUCCUGCCCAUGCUCACCAUCAGCGUCCUCUACAUGCUCAUCGGGCUGCAGCUGAAGCAGGAGAGGAUGCGUCAGGCGCCGCAGGCCAAAUCCGCCUUCGGACAGGACAGCUUCUGCAACGUCCGAACGCAGCAGCAGAAAGCUCGCCGCCGCCAGGUCACCAAAAUGUUGUUUGUUCUGGUGGUAGUCUUCGGGAUCUGCUGGGCCCCGUUUCACACGGACCGCCUCAUGUGGAGUUUCAUCAGCGACUGGACCGAGAACCACCUGGAAGUCUUCGAGUACGUUCACAUCAUCUCAGGCGUGUUUUUCUACCUGAGCUCAGCGGUCAACCCGAUCCUGUACAACCUCAUGUCCACACGCUUCAGAGAGAUGUUCAAGGAGGUCAUGUGUCCCCGGCAGCAUCACAUCACGCCGCGGAAACACUCCCUGAGUGUCACCAGGGUGACGCUCCGCAGCACGCUGAGCGACGCCGCGCACUGCAACGGGGCGGCGGCUCUGGAGGCAGAGGGAGAGGACGUGGAGGUCCGGAUCAAAGACGAGACCGUCUUUUAAAUGAUGGUAGAGGAGGCAGGCUGCUGCAGAGCGGCGUGGGGACCAGCUCCAUUAACCAGCUAAAACACUCACCGUCAGAGGAAAGACUGGAUCCUGGAGCUUCAGACUGUUUCACACCACGCUGCUCUAAACUCUGAUCUGAGCUCAGCAGGAACACCAUGAAGUUCAAACCAAAGCUUGAAUGUCUUUAAAUCCAGCCUACAAACAUUUGAUCUUACUAAAAUAUAAAUAACAUAAAGGAGACGGUGCUGCUCAGAAAUACUUGUGUACUUUGAAGUUGGAGGAUAAUCAAAUCAAAAGCUGGUUUAAGUUACAAACAGACGUUUACCAUGGUGUGCAGCGUGGAAACAGUCCUGUGAAUAAACAGAGAAGUGAAGUUUAAGAGUUUAAAGAGAGAGUAAAAAUAAAUGGAAGGAUUAAAGAAACGAUCAGAGGAUUUUAAGAAGUGAAGGAUUGAUGUAUGAUUGUAUAAACGUGAAUGUGUUUUAUAUUUACUGUCAGUAACGUGAGAGGAAACGUGGUGUUCAGUGAUCCUCUGUGUUAUCACUCCUGUAUAUAUAUAUAUUAGUGUUUCAUGCAUUGUGCUGUUAGAAUGAACACUGUUUUAAAGUCAUAUCCAGCCUGUUUACAGCUCUCUGCAGUGUG